UUGUCGUCAUCGGAACUUAUUAAACCAUUUCCCCUCCCUCUUAAGUCGAUACCUACAUAUAACUAUACCUACAUAACAUCCCACUCCUCUUCGGACUCACCCUAUAAUUUUAUCGGGGGUCCAGAAGCGUCCAAUAGACCCUGGAGGGUCCCAAGCAGUUGGUAAAAGAAACGAAAAAAGCAGGUCACAAUUAAAUUCACAAUUAAAUUCUUUACCGACCCUCUACGCUGGCUUGUCCAUACACAACGUCAAGAUGGCGCACGUGGCAACAGAGUUAGACUUGAAUGCCUACUAUGGGCCUGGCACCGUCAUUCUUGACAAGAUGAACGUGGUACCAGGCUUAAAGACCAGUACUGCAUUCUUCCUCUUCCUGCGAGCGAACCUCGUCGUCAACCCUUCCGCCAUGUCAACGCCAGAUAUAGAACCUGCGCCGUCUAACGCUCUCCCGCCGCCAUCGCCAUCGCCCCUUGUGACCAUUGACCCCCCCAGCCACCCCGUACCAGAUGACUUACCUCCUUUGUCCGUCAGCGCAUUGGGUAGUGAGAACGACAAGGUGGGCGCCUUGAAUUUAGUGACGGACUCGAUAGCCCAGCAGCGGCAAUCGGCCUCUUACCAUUUGGUCUUCCACCCGUACUUACUAGCCAUCCUGGCUGUGGGCCUGGGGAUCGCGUACCAAUUCUCGUGGCGCAUGCGCCGCGACCUCGGCACGGCCCUGAUGCUGCAUUCGGGCGUGAUCAUGAUCUACCUCCUGACCAUCCGCUACUUCACAGGCCAGUACGUGCAGGUAGCUGAAGACACCAAGUGGAACUGGAUGGUAUCGGAGGACGGCGAGGAGGACACGGUGAUCGGCGUACGGUUCGGCAAUGAGCUCAUCGGCGCGCUCGUGCUGCGCCUCGAGCCCCACGCCAGCUUCGCGGGGUCAGGGAAAAAGCGGCACAGACGGCGCAACUCCCUCCUCAAGGGCGGCCGGGGGUUCAUCCGCGCCUGGACCGUCAAGCUCAAGUACCGCGGCAAGGGCGUCGGCAUCGACCUCCUCCACGAAGCCGUGAAGGUGACCCGCGAGCGGUGCGGCAAGGACGCCGAGGUCGGGUUCGCCAAGGAGCACGCCAAUAGCACCAUGGUGCUCCCCGAGAUCUUCAACGGCCCCUUUCGCAAGAACGAGCAGAGGGCCGCCAAGACGCUCGAGAAGGUUCUGGGGGAGUGGGAGGGGGGAAGGAGGAGGAGGAAAUGAUAACAACCAACCAACCAGAUGAAGAAUAAUAAAGAAGUAAAAAGAAAAAGAAAUGAUAAUAAAAGAAAGCUGUAGAGAGAAAGUCCAAGAUAUGGAUGAAUGGAUGAACAGUAUCCGGAUCGGUGCAUGGGAUGGCUGGCUACCUACCUAUAGGCUAUAGGUGUAAGGUAUAUAUAUGAAGGCCGGGUUUACUUUUACUGAUUGGCGUUUAUAGCCGUGGCGGCAGCGGUGGUGGUGGCGGCGGUGGCUACUUUUGUUGCUUUUAUACCGGCACGGUCAUGCUUUUACUCAAAUACCCCCCCAUUCGUUCGGAGCGUUCGUUUAUUUUAUGGCUUUAGAUUUUA